AUGGAAGUAUGGAAUUCUUUGAAAUCUGCAUUCACUUUUGAAGCGGCUAUACAAUUCUUAACGAAUCAAUUCAAAAAUUUGUAUCUCAAGUGCGUGGGGAAAGAAAAAGACGUUGGGCUUCGAGAACAAAUGCUUUUUUUUCUUCUGUUCCCAUCAAAUCAUCCGGUUUUAUCUGCCGGAAAACAUCUAGAAGCAUUUAAUGCAUUAGCAGAAAUAAACAAAGAUGGUGAAAAGAUUAAGGUGUUGAUGCUUAAACUAAUGUUCAGUGAUGCACAUGAAAAAGGAGUGUGCAAGGAAUGGGAGAUGGUAGACCUUAAACAGCAGUUGGAUGUGAUUGAUUAUUUUGGUCCAAUCGCUGUAUGGAUUUCAUUUUUUGCCAUUAUAUUUAUAAUUUCCGUUACCUGCAUAUUAUGGUGUUGUGUAUCCGACAAAGACGAUUCUACAGUUUUUGCUAAAUGGGGAAUGGGACCUCGGUCACGUUUAACUAACAAACAUGGUGAAUAA